AUGGAUGAAAUGAAAUUUAUGGAAUAUGUCAAUGUUACAUUACAUAAAGCUAUCAAAUUAUGGGAAGAUGUAAUUGAUGUUAAAUUCAUUGAAUGGCCUUAUAACAAAGCAAAUAUUGAGGUAAUCUUUGCAACAUUUUAUCAUAAUGAUAAAUAUCCGUUUGAUGGAAGUGGAAAUGAAUUAGCGCAUUCAUUUUAUCCCAAUGAUCAUAUAUGGCAUGGACAAAUUCAUAUCGAUGAUAGCGAACCAUGGGGUCCAACUGGUCGAAAUUUGGAUUGGGUUAUGGCACAUGAAGUAGGUCAUGUCUUAGGACUUGCACAUAACGAUGAUGAAUCAUUGAUGGCAUCAUAUUAUCAUGGUUUCAAAGGAACUGUACCAAAAUUGCAUCAAUGUGAUAUUGCUGCGAUACAAUCAUUAUAUGGUUCGUUUAUAUUAUUUACUUCUGCCUAA